AUGAAAGUGGAAUGCAGGGGCUUAUACCUCCCUCGUCUCCUUGCAACCUGUGCCAAGUAUACUGAAAAUCGUGACUUUCACAACGCAAGUACAGCGCUCGAGAACAUUGCUAGUGUUGCUUCCCCUAAUGGUGAUUCGAUGCAGAGGGUAGCAACAUACUUAAAUAAGGGGCUGGCUUACAGGUUGGUCAAGAAUAUUCGCGGUGUGCCUGAAGCCCUGCAUCUGUCAAAUCCCUUGCCAACCUCUGUGCAACAGUAUGCAAGAAAGCUGUUCUUUGAAUUUUGCCCAUUCUUGAAGUUUUCUUAUCUCAUCACCAAUCAGGCUAUUCUUGAAACCAUGAAAAGAGAACAAGUGUUUCAUAUUAUUGAUCUUAAUGCCUGUGAUGCUACUCAAUGGAUAUAUCUUCUUCAUGCUUUGAAAGAACAGAGCCAAGGAGACCAACUACCUUUUGUGAAGAUUACUGGGAUUCAUGAGAAUAAAGAGGUUUUAGAACAAAUAGGGUUUCAAUUGAUUCAAGAAGCUGAGAGACUGAACAUCCCCAUCCACUUCUAUCCCAUUGUCAGCCAACUGGAGAAACUUUGCUUUGAGAAACUGCCUUUGAAGCCAGGAGAGCCUCUUGCUAUAAGUUCUGUUCUUCAUCUUCAUUCUCUUCUGGCAGUUGAUGAUCAAAUCAGUCCUGAUUCAGUCUUGCCACCUAGUCCUUCCCAAUGUGUUUCGCCAAAGAUGAGGUGGUUUCUAAGUGGCCUUUGGAAACUCCGACCGAGGUUGAUGGUCAUUACAGAACAAGAAUCAGAUAACAAUGGACCUUCUCUGACAGACAGGCUUGAUAAAGCACUGAAUUUCUAUGCUGCACUGUUUGAUUGCUUGGAAGCUAAUGUUUCAAAAGCAAAAGCAGCAGAGAGAAUCAUGCUAGAAAGGAUGAUUCUCGGGGAGGAGUUAAAGAACAUGAUUGCUUGUGAUGGAGUUGAUAGAAAAGAGAGGCAUGGCAAGUUUUUUAAGACAUGGAGUCCGUCGCUUGAACUGGCGGGGUUCAUGAGGGUUCCUAUGGACUAUGAGAAAAUGUUGCAGGUAACGAGGCCAUUGCAGAGCUAUGGGAGUGGAUACAAGUUGCUAGACUUCAAUCAAUGCUUGUUUACAUGCUGGAAUGAUCUCCCACUCUUUUCUAUAUCAGCCUGGACGUUCUAA